CCACAUUCUAGUAUUCCUUUUUCUCUAUUUUGAAGAAUUUUCUAUAGCUUAUUUCGUUGGAUCUUUUAACAAUAAAAUACGUAAUUUGGAUUGCAAUAGCAUGAACGCUCAAGCUGAGAAUAAAUUUACUGGUUUGGACGGUUCAGAUAAAAAAACAUCGACAACUAAAACUGAAUUUAAAGAAAAACAGGUAAACCCAAAUUCUGGUGUAUUGCCUAUUCUCAACAUGCCGGAAAACCCACUGAAAGAAAAGGACCAAAACAAAAAUGUGGCCGAAAAAGAUAGCAAAGACAGCAAUUCUGAAGCCGAUGUUAAAAAAGAAGUACCUCCUCCAGUUCAAACCGAAAUUUUAGAAACAAAAGGAAAUGAAAAUGUUCCAGAAGAGAAGUAUUCUGACGAUUCCGCAAAAGCGGAACAAACCAAGUCACAAGAAAAGAAAGAAGCUCUUACUUUGGUGGUACCCGAAGGUGAUAAUACCAUUUCUGUGCCGCCUAUCCUCACUUCUCCGAUUUCACCGACAAAAGCUUCGGCAGAGAAUCAAUCACCUAGCUCACAACAGCAAGCGCCGCCAAAAAAUUUUUUCAAGAAAUUCGGCUUGAAAAAAAAAAAUCAAGAUCCGUCUUCAUCGCCUACCACCGAAGUCGAUAUUUCUGCAUCGCUGGAAAAGUCACCUGACCAGAAUGUUGAACCAACGACUGAAGAAGUUAAAGAAGUUAAAGAAGUAAAAGAAGUAACAAAGGUUAAUCCUACCGAAACGGUUACACAAAAUGAUACUGAGUCAAAGAAUUUCUUCAAAAAGUUGGGUAUAAGAAAAACUUCGUCCGUGCCAAAAAAUCAGGAACCGCCUUUGCCCAGUUCUGAAGUCACCGAUAGAGACGUUUCUACAGCGCAGGCGAAGUCGUCUGAUUCAAGUGUCGAAUCGACGACCGAGGAAGUAGCCAAGGUUAAGGUUAAUGCUACCGAAGUUGCUACAGAGAACGAUACAGAGUCAAAAAAUUUCUUUAAAAAAUUUAGUUUCGACAAGGUAAAAAAAUCACAGACAAAAAACCAAGAGCCUUCUUCUAAUUCUCCACCUAGUUCCGAAGCUCCGGCUACGGACGCGACGACAAAAACAGAGGUAUUAGCUUCAAAUGUUGGACCGGCUAUUGAAGAAGCAACCAAAUCAGAAGUUACCGUAGAGAACGAUACAGAAUCGAAGAAUUUCUUCAAAAAACUUGGUUUCGACAAGAUGAAAAAAUCAUCGACGAAAAAUCAAGAGCCAUCACCUCCUAGCUCUGAAGAUUCCACUACUGACAAUUCUGCUACACAGAACAAGUCACCUGACUCGCAACCAGAAGGGUCAGAUUCAAAUGCUGAGUUAACUACCGAAGAAACGAUUAAGUCAGAAGUUGUUACGGAGAAUGAAGCGGAGUUAAAAGAUGAAAAAACAGCGGAAGAGAGAAAAAAGAACAAUUUUGGUUUGAGAUUUGCAGAUAUGGGUCGAAUGCUUGUCGAAAGAAUUCGAGAAGGAUUCGAUGAGCUAGAUCAGCGUAUGUACCAAAACCCCGAGGAUACCCGUGAAGUUCCCGAAGUUAACGAACGUGAGGAAUUACUUGGGAAGUCCGAUGACAGUACCGCUUCUGUUUCACCUAAUAACAAUCCGGUCGCAAAUGGAACGAAGGAAGCCAUGGCUGAACUUGGAGACGCUUUAAAUGAACGUGGUGAAAAGCUUGGCAUGGUGAAUGAGCAGGUGACUGAAUUGGCAGCAAAUGCUGAUUCUUUCGCGGCAUUAGCAAGAGAAGCCAUGCUGGCCCAGAAAAAUAAAAAAUGGUAUCAAUGGUAG